UCGGUGUCCGGACAAACCCUAGAAACAUCCCCCAAAAUGACGUGCCACUUUAGCACAAAAUCAAACUCUCUCAGGCCCGACCAAUAAUUCAUGCCAAGUACAAUCCAACCGGUCCACAUUUGACAAUUUCAACGACCUCCUCCAACUAAAAAUCCCGCCCGGCAUCUCUUAUUUAUGACAAGCCCCCUCGACACGACGCCCUCCAAUCUCCCCUCGAGCACCAUACACAGCAGAAAUUAUUAACGAGAAAUGGCCCUCGUCAAGUACGGCGCCGCGCUGUUCCUGCAUCUCCUCUGUUUGGUCACGACAGCAAGCGCCGAAGUCCCGGCGAUAAUCGUGUUUGGAGAUUCCACGGUCGACGCAGGGAACAACAACUACAUCCCAACGAUCGCCAGGAGCAACUUCGAGCCCUAUGGCCGGGACUUUGACGGCAAAAAGCCGACCGGGAGGUUCUCGAAUGGGAGGAUCACAUCGGAUUUCAUUGCGGAGGCCUUCAAGAUCAAGCCGAGCAUUCCCGCGUACUUGGACACGGCUUAUGAAAUAUCGGAUUUCGCCACCGGAGUGACCUUUGCCUCUGCGGGGACGGGUUAUGACAACGCGACAUCCGACGUGCUCUCUGUGAUACCCCUGUGGAAGGAACUCGAGUACUACAAGGAAUACCAAGAAAAGCUAAGAUCGUACCUCGGACCGAGCUCCGCGAACCAAGUGCUUACCGAGGCGCUCUACAUGAUCAGCAUGGGCACGAACGACUUCCUCGAGAACUACUACACGUUGCCGGACCGCCGCUCGCAGUUCACCGUGACAAAGUACGAGGACUUCCUCAUCGGGAUCGCGGAGAAGUUCGUGAGGGACCUCUACGGCCUCGGGGCGCGCAAGAUAUCGCUGGGGGGCUUGCCACCGAUGGGGUGCCUGCCACUCGAGAGGACGACGAACGUGAUGGAGCAGAACCAGUGCGUGGAUAGCUACAACGACGUGGCCUUGGAGUUCAACGCGAAGCUGAAGGGCAUGGUGGGGAGGCUGAGCUCGGAGCUCCCGGGGAUCAACCUGGUGUUCUCUAACCCGUAUUACAUCAUGAUGCACAUCCUUCGGAAGCCCGCUUCCUAUGGGUUCGAGUCUGUGUCGGUCGCGUGCUGCGCGACUGGACUGUUCGAGAUGGGAUACGCGUGCCAGCGAGAAAACCCAUUCACGUGCCAGGACGCGAACAAGUACGUGUUCUGGGACGCUUUCCAUCCCACUGAGAAGACCAGCCGCAUUGUCGCUGAUUAUGUCAUGAGGACCGUCUUGGCUAGGUUCCUUUGAUCGCUGCCCCGCUGCCUACGGAUCCGUAUACAAUACAAUAUUGUCUAGUCUACGUAUAAUACGACCUAUGUCUUCUUGUAGAGUCUACAUGCUCUCAGUGACUAUGUCUACGUGAUCUUGUGGAUAGUGUAAGUACUAGCAUGAGAGCUAAGGGGUGUAAUGCUUGGCAGUAAAAUUAUACGUUUGCGAGCUUUUACUCAUUAAUUUCACCUCUUUCCUAUGUUUUGAAUAUUAUUUUAGUGAAGCCGCCAAUAAGAGUUUAGUCAUAUGAAGUUUGGUAUAUUUGGAUUUGAUAAGGAUUAGAAAAUCCUCUUGAUUAUAUUUUUUAUAUCUCACCAUGUAUUUAUCUUCGGAAA